GUUGGGAUUUCUAACAAUUUUUCUCCUUUUUAAACUCGAUUUUUGAAGAGAAAUUAUGGAUUUCUUGUUUAUUUGAGAAUGCCAUUAGAUACUCGGCGUGUUUGUGGUCCUGUGGACGAAACUCGAGCUCUAUUCGACCCGAGAAAAGCAAAAGAAGACAGAGAAAGACAGACUGUAGUUGAUGGUAAAAGACAAGAUGGCCGGACAUGUGAAGAAAUACGAAAAAUGUUUCUUCGUGCAAAUGCAGUAACUCAAGCAAAAGGCUCAGCUUACAUUGAAACUGGAAAAACCAAAGUAAUAUGCUCAAUUUAUGGACCAAGGGAAUCUUUGAGAAAACAGGAGUUUAGAAUGAAGGGUAAAUUAACUUGUGAAAUAAAAUAUGCACCAUUCUCUUGCAAGAGACGGAGGUCCCCUAUUAGGGAUUCAGAGGAAAAAGAUUUAUCAAACAUAAUCAAACAAGCGCUUGAACCAGCAAUAAUUAUGGAAAAAUUUCCCAAAGCACAGAUUGAUAUAUAUGUUAUGGUUUUUGAAAAUGAUGGAAAUGUUCUUGCUGCAGCCAUCAACUGUGCGACACUUGCUUUGGUUGAUGCAGGAAUUGAGAUGUUUGAUCUAGUUAUUGCAUCUUCUCUAGUCCAAACAAACACUAAUACACUUAUGGAUCCAAUAUACAAUGAGGAAAACAAUCAGGAGACAACUGGUUUGGUAACAACUGCAUUCCUUCCAGUUCUUAAUCAAAUCUCUGUUUUAAAUAUGGAUGGAGAACUUUCUCUAACCCAGACUAAUCAGGCAGUGAAGAAAUGUAUCGAAGCAUGUGCAAGGAUUUAUCCAGUCAUUUGUCACUGUAUAACUGAACAUACAAAAAGAAUUAUCAAGGAACCGCAACAGUCUUCAUGAUUUGGUGCCAUACUUGCAUUCACAAUGUUUUUUUGCUGUCCUAGUAAAGUUGUCCUAGUAAUGAUUACCAAAGCUUGUAUUAUAAUACAUCUAUUGUACAUUUGCAAAUAUACUA